AGGUACAGUUCUUAUGUAGUUUGGUUUUUUGGAAUUGGAACAGCCAUCAGAAAUCAUGCCAAGGAAAAGAACUAAAAUAUCUACGGCAGCCCAUCACGGAGGCAAUGAGUCCUUGGAGGAGUCCUCCAAUGAUGGAGCAGCUGAAAAAGAAGCCAGAGUACACAUCACAGAAGUACUCCAGCAAGCAGUGUCAGACGAAGUAGCUGACAAACGAAGUUUAGAAGAGAUUUUGAGUAGCAUCUCUCCUCCCCCACCUCCGGCAAUGACCAAUGAAGCUGGAGCUCCUCGUCUCAUGAUAACUCACAUUGUAAACCAGAACUUCAAAUCUUAUGCUGGGGAGCAAAUUCUAGGACCAUUUCAUAAGCGUUUUUCAUGCAUUAUUGGACCAAAUGGCAGUGGAAAGUCUAAUGUGAUUGAUUCCAUGCUCUUUGUGUUUGGUUAUCGGGCACAAAAAAUAAGAUCCAAAAAGCUUUCAGUACUGAUUCACAAUUCUGAUGAGCAUAAAGAUAUUCAGAGUUGCACUGUAGAAGUUCAUUUUCAAAAGAUCAUUGACAAGGAAGGGGAUGAUUAUGAAGUCAUUCCCAACAGCAAUUUCUGUGUCUCCAGAACCGCCUACAAAGAUAAUUCUUCAGCUUACCAUAUAAGUGGGAAGAAAGCAACAUUUAAAGAUGUUGGAAUUCUGCUUCGAAGUCAUGGGAUUGAUCUAGACCAUAACAGGUUCUUAAUUUUACAGGGGGAAGUUGAACAAAUAGCAAUGAUGAAGCCUAAAGGGCAAAAUGAGCACAAUGAAGGCAUGCUGGAAUAUUUAGAAGAUAUAAUAGGAUCGGGACGAUUCAAAGAGCCCAUUCAAAUAUUAUGUCGAAGAGUCGAGUUAUUAAAUGAACAGAGGGGUGAGAAGUUGAACAGAGUUAAAAUGGUGGAAAAAGAAAAAGAUGCCUUGGAAGGAGAGCGGAACAAAGCACUGGAAUUUCUUUCUUUGGAAAAUAAAAUGUUCAAGGAAAAGAAUAAGAUAUGUCAAUAUUACAUUCGUGAGUUACAGAAACAGAUAACUGAGCUGGAAGCACAAAAGGAAAAAAUACUUGAAGAUACUAAGGAAGUUAACGAAAGAAGCAGUAAAUUAGCAGAUGAAAUGAAAGAUAAAAAUACAUCUCUGAAAGAAGUGGAAAAAAAACUGAAUAAAAUCACAGCAUUUAUCGAAGAAAAUAAAAAGAAAUUUACACAGCUGGACUUGGAGGAUGUUCAAGUAAGGGAAAAACUAAAACAUGCAAAGAGCAAGUCUAAAAAACUAGAGAAGCAGUUUCAGAAGGAUAAAGAAAAGGUUGAAGAAUUGAAAAGCGUCCCUGCCAAUAGUGAGGCUACCAUCAAAGAAGCAACGACUAAGAGAGAAGUUCUAGAAAAAGACAAGGAAAAGGCAGAGGCAAAGCUAAAAGAAGUUAUGGACAGCCUUAAGCAGGAAACGCAAGGGUUGCAGAAAGAGAAAGAGGUUAAAGAAAAAGAACUGAUGGAAUUCAGCAAAACAGUUAAUGAAGCACGUUCAAACUUGGAAGUGGCCCAAUCAGAACUUGAUCUCUACCUCAGUCGUCAUAAUACUGCAGUAUCUCAGUUAAACAAAUCAAAAGAAGCUCUUCAGACUGCUUCAGAAACUCUUAAGGAACGGUUAGCUGCUAUCAAAGAGCUGGAAUCAAAAUUGCCUCAAGCUGAACACAAUUUAAAGAAGAGAGAGAAUGAACUUGAAAAACUUGUUAAAGACGAAGGAGAAAUCAAAAAUUAUACUCGAGAGUUGCGUCAGAAAGUGGAAGAAGCAAGAAGUUCCCUGGCAGUGAAUAAAAGCCGAGGAAAAGUUCUUGAAGCUUUAAUUCAGCAGAAGAAAGCUGGACUAAUUCCGGGAAUAUAUGGAAGACUAGGUGACCUGGGAGCUAUAGAUGAAAAAUAUGAUGUUGCAAUUUCAUCAUCCUGUGGAGCAUUAGAUCACAUUGUUGUUGAUACUAUUGAUACAGCUCAAAAAUGUGUUAAUUUCUUGAAGAAACAAAAUAUCGGUGUUGCAACUUUUAUUGGACUUGACAAGAUGGCGGUGUGGGAGAAAAGCAUGAAUACAAUACAGACUCCUGAAAAUGUUCCACGUCUGUUUGACAUGAUAAAAGUUAAAGAUGAGAAGAUUCGUCAAGCCUUCUAUUUUGCCUUGCGUGAUACUUUAGUAGCAAAUAACUUGGACCAGGCUACCAGAGUUGCAUUCCAAAGAGACAAGAGAUGGAGAGUAGUUACACUGCAAGGGCAAAUCAUAGAACAGUCAGGGACAAUGACUGGCGGAGGAGGCCAAGUAUUGAAGGGUAGAAUGGGGUCCUCUGUUGUAGUUGAAACAUCAGAAGACGAGAUCUGUAAAAUGGAAUCUCGGCUGAAAAAUGAUUCCCAAAAAGCACUGCAAUGUCAAGAACAGAGAGUGCAGCUUGAGGAAACAGUAGUAAAGCUGAGACAGAGUGUCAGAGAAAUGAGAAACACGUUAGAAAAGUACAGUGCGAGUAUCCAGAAUUUAUCAGAACAAGAAGUUCACUUAAAAGUCCAGGUAAAAGAACUUGAAGCCAACGUAAUUGCUGCCGCUCCAGAUAAAACAAAGCAGAAAGAACUGGAGAAAAAAUGUAACAGCUACAAAGAAGAUUAUGACAGAGUUGCUGGAAAGUCUGAUAAAUUGGAAACGGAAGUUAAGAGACUACAUAAUCUCAUAAUUGAAAUCAGUAAUAAUAAACUGAAACCUCAGCAAUACAAUCUUGAUAAAAUAAAUAAGGAACUAGAUCAGUGUGCCUCUGCAGUUACUAAAGCUCAGGUGGCGAUCAAGACGGCAGACAGAAACCUGAAAAAAUUCCAGGAUGCUGUCCUUUGCAUGGCGAAGGAAAUUGAGGAGAAUAAAAAGGAAAUGCAAGACUUAAUGGAACAGCUGAGUACACUGGAGGACAGAGCUGCUGCAGUUAUGAAUGACUGCAAAAAAGCUGAAGACUCCUUACCAGAGAUUCAGCAGGAUCACAGAUCUGUACUUCAGGAGAUCAAAGCUAUCCAAGAAGAAGAGCAUUCACUUCAAAAAGAAGCUCUGAGUAUUAAGCUUAAAAUUGAACAGCUGGAUAGUCAUGCUGCUGAACAUCAAUCAAAGAUUAAGUAUUGGCAAAAAGAGAUAUCAAAAAUCUCUCUCCAUUCUGUGGAAGACGAACAAGUGGAAGAACUUCCAGUGCUCAGUGAAGAAGAACUGGAGGCAAUUAAAGACCCAAAUGUCAUCACUAGUCAAAUAGCUCUUUUGGAAGCUCAGUGUCAUGAAAUGAAGCCAAAUUUAGGUGCUAUUGCUGAAUUUAAUAAAAAGGAAGAGUUAUAUUUGAAACGUGUUGCUGAGCUGGAUGAGAUUACCAAUGAGAGAGACAAUUUUAGACAAGCAUAUGAAGAUCUUAGAAAGGAAAGGCUUAAUGAGUUUAUGGCAGGAUUUAACAUAAUAACAAAUAAACUGAAAGAAAACUACCAAAUGCUUACAUUGGGAGGAGAUGCAGAGCUUGAACUUGUAGACAGUCUGGAUCCUUUCUCUGAAGGAAUCAUGUUCAGUGUUCGGCCACCAAAGAAAAGCUGGAAGAAGAUAUUUAACUUGUCUGGUGGAGAGAAGACACUUAGCUCACUGGCUUUGGUUUUUGCUCUUCAUCAUUACAAGCCAACUCCUUUGUAUUUUAUGGAUGAAAUUGAUGCAGCCCUUGACUUUAAAAAUGUAUCCAUUGUAGCAUUUUACAUAUAUGAACAAACGAAAAACGCACAAUUCAUCAUCAUUUCUCUGCGGAACAAUAUGUUUGAGAUUGCUGAUAGAUUAAUAGGCAUCUACAAAACUUACAACACAACAAAAAGUGUUGCAACAAAUCCCAAAGAAAUUGCACUGAAAGGACUUGCUGAACUUGGUUCUGUUGUCUGCUCAUGACAGUGGAAACUACUUUUAUUUUAACAAGUAGAUUUUUCUGACGAACAUUUUCUAC